AUGUUUUUUUUUCUUUUUUUUCUUUCUUUCUUUACUUUUUUGUUUCUUUCUUUCUUUUUCUUAGGACUUUUUUUUUUCUUUCUUUUUUUCUUUAUUUAUUCUUUUAUUUUUUUUUUUUUUUCCCUUUUAUUUUUUUUUUUUUUUUCUUUCUUUUUUCUUUCUUUUUUUCUUUUUUUCUUUUUUUUUUUUUUUUUUUCUUUUCUUUCUUUUUUUUUUUUUUCUUAUUUUUUUUUUUUUCUUUUUCUUUUUUCUUUCUUUAUUUAUUUAUUUUUUUUCUUUUUUUUUCGUUCAUUUUUUUCUUUUCUUUCUUUUUUUUCAUUCUUUCUUUUUUUUUUUUAUUUCUUUCUUUGUUUCUCCCUUUUUUUUCUUUUUUUUUUUUUUUUUUUUUUUUUUUUUUUCUUUGUUUUUUUGUUUUUUUUUUUUUCUUCAUUUCUUUCUUUCUUUCUGUUCUUUCCUUUUUCUUUUUUUCAUUUUUUUUUUCUUUCUUUCUUUUCUUUCUUUUUUUUUUUUCUUCCUUCCUUUCAAAUUUUCUUCUUUUUUUCUUUUUUCUUUUCUUUCUUUCUUUCUUUUAUUUUUUUUUUUUUUUUCUCCUUACAUUUAAAAUAUUUUUUCAUUUUUUCUUUCUUUAAAAAAAUUUUUUUUAUUUUUAUUUUCAUUUUUCUUAUUUUAAAUCAGUUUUUUCUGAAUUUCUUUCAUUUUGUUUUUCUUUUUUUUUUUUUUCUUUUAAUUUUCAAACUUUUUUUCUUUAUUUCUUUCUUUUCUUUCUUUCUUUUUCUUUCUUUCAAUUUUUUUAGAUUUUUUUUUCCUUUCUUUCUUUUAACUUUUUUUCCUUCUUAUUUUUUUCUUUCUUCUUUUCUUUCUUUUCUUUCUUUAUUUUUUCUUCCUUUUAGGUUCAUUUUUCUUUUUUUAAUCAAAUUUUCUUUUUUCUUUCUUUCUUUUUCUUCUUUUUUUUCUCAUUUUUUUUUGAAUUCUUUAAGAAUUUUUUCUUUCUCAUUUUUUUUUCCUCUCUUUCUUUCUUUCAAUCCAUCUUUUUUUCCUUUUUCUUUUUUUUUUAAAAUUUUUUUUACAAUAUCUUUUUAUUCUUCCUUUCUACUUUUCUUUUUAUUCAUGGCCUUAAUUUUUUCUUUUUUUUUUCUUUUUUUUUUCGAACUUCCUUUUUCAUUUUUAUUUAUUUCUUUCUUUGAUUUUUCAUUUUUUCUUUCUAUAUUUAUUUUUUAUUUUAAAAUGUUCAUUUCUUUACUGAAUGUCUACAAAUUCCUAAUUAUGAAAAUAUCCCUUCUUUCUUUUUUUCCUAAUGUUGAUCUUCUUUGUUUCGAAUUUUUUUUUUUUUGGAACUUCUUUCUUGUCUAUUUCUUUCUUUUUCUUUGUUUUAUUUCUUUCUUUUUUUUUCUUUUUUUCAAAUUUUUUUUUCUUUAA